AUGUCAGGAACAAUGGAACUAACGGACUCAAGCAGAGAAGAGCAGAUGGAGAGCUCAGAAGAUCCUGGAUCAGAAGAACAAGCAGAUUAUGAAGAGAUGACAAUAGCAGGAGACGGGGUGGAAUUGAAAAGGUCCAUCACCUUACUGAAUGCAGUGGGGCUGAUUGUGGGCAGUGUCAUUGGAUCAGGGAUCUUCAUUACCCCCAGGAAGGUGGGAAGAGAAGCUGGCUCUGUGGCUCUCUCCCUCAUUGUUUGGACUGUUUCUGGUCUGUUCUCCACCCUCGGGGCUCUGUGCUAUGCAGAGUUCGGUACCACUAUCUCCAGGUCUGGUGGUGACUAUAUUUAUAUCCUGGAGGUUUAUGGUAAACUACCGGCAUUUCUGCAAAUUUGGAUUGAGAUGUUGGUAAUCCGACCGGCUUCACAAUAUGUCAUUGCUUUGGUCUUUGCCAGUUACCUUCUGAAGCCCUUCUUCCCCAGCAGUGACAUCCCAGACAGCGCUGCCAAGCUCCUAGCCUGCAUCUGCUUGAUGUUUCUGACCUUCAUCAACUGUAGAAGUGUGAGAGCAGCCACCAGGCUGCAGAAUUUCUUCACUGCAACCAAACUCCUGGCCCUCACCAUCAUCAUCAUUAUGGGAUUUGUACAGAUUUUCAAAGGGGAUGUGCCCUACUUGCAGCCAGGUAAAAUGUUCCAUGGGAGUAAAUUGGAUGUCAACCACAUGGUGUUGGCUCUCUACAGCUCGCUGUUUGCCUAUGGAGGCUGGAAUUAUCUGAACUACGUGACUGAAGAGAUCAUUAAUCCAAAAAGAAACUUGCCUUUGGCCAUCGUGAUCUCACUGCCCACAGUGCUGGGAGUUUACCUGUUGACAAAUCUUGCCUACUUCACCACACUCUCACCAGAGGAAAUGGCUCAGUCUGAUGCUGCUGUUGUGGCAUUUGGUCACCAUCACCUCGGCAAGGCUGGCUGGCUCCUCUCACUCUGUGUUAGUUUGUCCUGUUUUGGAGCUGUGAAUGGGUCUCUCUUCACCUCCGCACGGCUGUUUUAUGUGGGAGGCUGCAGGGGCCAACUCCCAGGUGUCCUGGGGAUGGUCCACACCCACUUCUUCACCCCGGUCCCAUCGCUCGUCUUCACAUGUGCCAUUUCUAUGCUGUAUUCCUUCUCAAACGACAUAUUCUCCGUAAUAAACCUUUUUGGUUUCUUUAACUGGCUGUCUGUUGGCAUGGUGAUCACUGGCAUGCUUUGGCUGCGAUGGAAGAAACCAGACUUAAAAAGGCCCAUAAAGAUCGUGGCCUUUGUCCCAGUGGUUUUCAUGCUGGGAUGUCUCUUCAUGAUCGUGGUGUCAUUCUGGGCAGCGCCUAUGCAGUGUCUGAUUGGAGGGACAGUGGUUCUCACUGGUCUCCCCUUUUACUUCAUGAAUUAUAAGUGGAAGAAACCAUUGAGGUUCACACGUGCGAUGGGUGAGUUGCCAUUUUCUAAAAGAAUCUCUCAAACUUCUUCAAGGCUCUUUGGCUUUGUGUCCUAACC